AUGGCCCUGGAAAUAUCAUGGUAUUCACACGGUCUCCGCGAUGACCAAAAUCGUAUCCUCGCCUGGCCUCUCCAUAGCGGAGCAGACGGUGAAAUGCUGCAUCCGUGUGUCUCUGACCGUAAGAUGGGUUUGCCCAUCAACAUAGGCGGACAUUUGGAUUCGGCAUUGUCCCGGAAUGAAAUUGUGAAGGAGUCACACUUCCAUAGUCCAAUUCUGCAACAGAACCCCGCCCCUGAUACGCCUCUAACAACUACCCCGCUGGAUACCGUCCGAGUGUCUCGGUUGCAAACCCCUGCCCUGGGGUGUUUCGCGGCCCGAUUGGACACAACCAAAGCCGUCCCGAUAUUUCUCCGCACUCGGCGAAACCCCGCAGUCCGGGACCAAUUGAAGAGACUGCGGAGUGGGAAUUCAAAAUCUGCCGGUCUUGUCGGUUUCGCCGAGCAAGCGUUGGAAUUUCUCCGAGGAAACUCAGCGAAGACUCCGAAUAGUGCUGCGGGGUAUGAAGUAUUUGGUGACAUCUACCACGUUGAAGAGGAAUUUCCAAUCGUCAAUGAGCCAUCAUGCUUGGAGCUGCGACGAACAAAUUAG